UAGCCAGGGGGAAAAAAUUGAAAAAACUGUAAAAGAUGGCGACGCGCGAGUCAAGCGUCGUUUCAGACCGGGAAUUAGAAACAGUGUCAAAAUUGGAUUUCACGGGAUUUGAAAGUGAAAAUUCACCUGUUAACAAUGAAAUUAAUGGUGCGGACGUGAAAUUAAGUGAAUUCAUUCGUAACUUACCUGGUUUACCGUCAAACAAUCCAUUGUUAAACACAAGCACCAAUGAUGUUGUUUCGUGUGAUGCCGCCUCCGGGCCUCUUGAGGAUAGCAGUGAACUAAGUUGUGCUGUGAAAACCGAAAACUGUGACAACUCAACGACUAAAGAAGAAUUUACGACAACAUUGCCUCCUGAACAUCCGAUUACAUCAAAAUCAGAGAGGUCAAAAGAGAGUAAUAGAGACAGACAUUCAUCAAGACACAAAUCCAGUCGAGAUUGCAGGAAAUGCAAUGAAAGAAGAAAAACAAAACGGUGCAAUGUGGGUGUUCAGUGCAGGAUAGACAGACACUUAUCAAAAACCAUCACCCUACAAUCAUGGAUUCCCAAAUCUAUAUACUCCUCCAGUUCUGUACCACAUUGGGAGCACCACAAAUAUGCAUCAUUAAUUAAACUUGAGACCUAUCCAAAUGGGAAUGCCAGUGUUCUCCACAUGAGUCAAGAUGAAAUAGAUCAUCUAAAUUUAAAUGAACGAGAACUGAAAGAACUGGCCCAUGAAUUUUUGAAGCUGUCAUUCAGUGAAGAUGAAAAUGGUUUUGCCCACUAUGUGAUGUCCAUAGUGCAUAAUGCAGCCAGCUACAUGCCAGAUCUUCUAGAUCAUAUGGCUGAGAAUUACCCUAAUCUUACAGUGAAAAAUGGGGUUCUCGGGCGCAAUUCAGACAUUGAGAGCUCCAACAUGGCACAUUUUAAAGAUCAGGUCUAUAAAACAUACAGCGGUGGCACCUUCCGCCAUGGACCUCUUCACCAGAUUUCGCUUGUUGGUACCGUGACUGAAGAAGUCGGAGGGUAUUUCCCGAAGUUUCUUGAGAUGCUGGAAAAAAAUAUAUUUCUCAAGUUGACGAUGCCCUGGGGAGAAACGAGUGUUGUGAAAAUGGAUAAUCCGUUAGAGUCUAACGACGGGCCUAUUCUCUGGGUGAGACCUGGUGAGCAAAUGCUUCCUACAGCAGAGUUGAACGCAAGCAGAUCUCCAGUCAAGCGAAAACGGACAGGAAUCAAUGAACUCCGGAAUCUCCAGUAUUUACCACGCUCAUUAGAGGCACGUGAGGUACUUUUUGAAGACCGAACUCGCGCACACGCAGAUCACGUAGGUCAUGGUUUAGAUCGCAUGACGACAGCGGCUGUUGGAAUAUUGAAAGCUGUUCGUUGCGGUGAUAAGAGCAAGAUUAAUCGCAUAACCAAAGAUGUUGUUGCCUUCCACGCUGCCGAUUUCAACGAUUUGGUCUCCCAACUUCAACUCGAUUUAUAUGAACCUCCUAUUUCUCAGUGUGUCCAAUGGGUGGAAGAUGCUAAACUCAAUCAACUCCAUCGUGAAGGGAUUCGCUACGCAAAAAUACCCCUUUACGACAACGACAUAUACUUUCUUCCACGAAAUGUUAUUCAUCAGUUCCGAACUAUAUCUGCUGUGACGAGCAUUGCAUGGCACGUCCGUCUUCGGCAAUAUUAUCCAGAAUUAAACAAGAUGUAUAAAAGAAUGGCAGCUGAGGAAGGUGGUGCUACUGCAAUAGACGAAGAUUUGAGACGACAUGGUAUGAAACGCUAUGUCCCUUCAGCUGCCAUGAGCGAGAAUUGUGACACAGAGAAUCACCGGUCAAAAUUGCGAGUUCCAGAAGAAAAAACAACGGAGGAUGAUGAAAGUGAGGAGGAAUCUACACGAACGGAUAAGCUUAAGAGACAAGAGGAAAAAGAAAAAGAUGGCAAAAAAGGAGAACGAAGUAAAGAAGCUAAAAAGGAAGUGGGGAAGUCUGACAGUUAUCUUGAAGACGUAAAAGCUAAGAGUGCCUCACGUGAAGAAAAGUCAGAAAAAUCGCGAUCCUUCGGUGAUCGCGACAAAACGAAGGACGCAGAACAGCAGACGGACUGUAAAAAUAAUAGGGAACAAAGAAAGCCUGAAGAAAAACCAGAAAAAACCAAGAGACCUGAACACCCGAGUAAAGAUUCCAAAAAAACAGAGGAAAGGCUCGAACGAAGUAAAAAAACAGAUGAUGGGGGAAAAGAAUCAAAACAUGGAGACGAAAGAGCCCUGAAAAACGAUCGGUCCGACAAGACGCUAGAAUCUAAAAAAGAUGGGAAGCAAAGAAGUAAAGAACAUGAAAUCAAGUCAAAACACGAGCGACAUAACGAAGAUGCCAAACCGGAAUGUAUCAAAGAGCCGGUCAAAGGUGAAGAAGGCGUUGGAUUAAAAAAAGAAGAGGAGCCUGGUUUGAUCGGUGAAGAAAACCACGAUUUUAAAGAAGUUUCUCCUAAACAUGUAGUUGCUGAAAAACGAAGAAAGAGCCUGGAGGGUGAUUUUAAUAAAGAUCUCGAUGGAAAAAAAGACCACAAGGGGAAAAGAGAAGAAGACAAAUGUGGAAAUCGCCAUAAAGAUAAUCGACGAGAAAAAUGUAAACAUGGUGAGCCAAGAUCUGAUCAACCCCGUCAUCGAAGUGAACAUCAUCGGAGCAGCAACCUUCAAGAUCAUAAGCAUUCUAACAAGCCAUGCAAAGAAGAAAGGCGGAAACGAAAGGCGGAUGAAGAAGAACACCAAAAUGUUAUCGAAAGUAAGAAAAACAAACCUAAUCAUCAAGUAGAAUGUGAAAAGCAUGGAUCCCGCAAUGAAAGUCUGAUUGAAUCAUUAGUCCCUGCAUCGGAUUCAAAACACUACUGCGUCCCGAAAGUAUGGCCGAAGCUUGCGGUUGCGAAAAAAGACCUUUUUUCUUCUGGAGACCUCUUAGGUUCCAUAAUGUCUUCUAUGUUACCCGUCACAAAAACGAAGGAAGAGACUGAUUAAUUUAUAAUGCCGUUUAUCUCCCAAAACGUUUUCCUUUUAUUGCUUCUGUUACAGCUUUUAAGGUGUUGGAUCUCAGCGUACCUGACGACACGCCACCUUAUGUUUGA